UUGCAACUUGUCUUCAACGCCCACAACACGGAACACGGACUGACCUGUGGCCUUUUACGCAAUGUUUUUCUGCUCAAUCUCAGGCGAGCCACCCCAGGAUCCCGUCGUGUCGCAGAAGUCAGGUCAUGUCUACGAGCGUAGGCUGAUUUUGAAGUACAUCACGGAGAAUGGCACUGAUCCUAUAACGGGUGACAAGUUGGAGGAAUCGGACCUCAUUACCGUCAAAGCUAACCCGAAGGCGUCAGCUCCUCGUCCGCCAUCUGCCACCUCGGUCCCUGCCCUACUCCAUACCCUGCAAAAUGAGUGGGAUGCGCUCAUGCUCGAGACUUUCUCGCUCAAGCAACAAUACAACUCUCUGCGACAAGAGUUGAGCUACGCGCUCUAUUCCCAGGACGCUGCUACGCGUGUCGUCGCGCGUCUCAUUCGCGAGCGCGAUGCUGCUCGAGAAGCGCUUGGAAGUGUGUCUGCCACGAUGGGCGUCGCGCCAGCUGUGGCUGGUGGAGACGUUGAGAUGGCAGAGGCGGGCCAGGAAACAGGUGUCCUCCCCGAGGCGGUCGCCAAGGAAAUUGAGGAAACUCACCAAGUGCUCUCUGCGCAACGCAAGAAGCGCAAGGCGCCUGCUGGAUAUGUCACUCCAGCGGAAGUGAGGACAUUCACAGCAAAACACACGAUCCCUUCCCUGCACUCGCCCUCGCCGGCUGGUAUCACGGCACUGGCUGUUUCGAGCAAGCAUCCCUCUCAGUUCCUCACUGGCGGAAACGACAAAAUCGUGCAGCUCUAUGACCGUGACACAGACAAGGUGCUAGCAUCGCUCAAGGGCCACUCAAAAAAGAUUACGCAUGUCGCCAUUCGCGAGGAACUCGACGAGAGCGAGCCCAUGCUCCUCAUCUCUGCAAGUGCGGACAAGCUCUCGAAAAUCUGGUCAUAUGACGCGUCCUCAAACGAUUAUAUACCCCGCGCGACAAUCCGCACGCACAAGGGCGAGCUUACAGGUCUUGCAGUUCAUCCUACAAGCACGCUCGUUGCGAUCGCGUCGGCAGAUCACACGUAUUCUCUUCAUGAUCUCACGAGCGGCACGCUCGUAUAUCGUUCAGCGGUCGCAGACGAGCCUUUCGCUUCCCUCGGCGUACAUCCCGAUGGCACCCUCGUUGCUGUCGGUACUCCUACCUCGACCAUCCAGGUCUAUGAUAUCCGCUCCGGAGAUGUUGCUGCCACGCUUUCCCCUCCUGAUAGCGCGCCGUUCACAGUCAAGACUCUCAGCUUCUCGGAGAACGGCUAUCACAUGCUUGCACCCGACUCUCUCUCAUCAGUUGCAAUAUGGGACCUGCGCAAGCCGAAGAUCGCCCAUUCGAUUGAUCUUGGCGAGGGCUUCAAGGUGAAUAAGGUGACCUACGAUUUCAGUGCCCAUCUGUUGGGUGUCGCGGGCAGCGAGGGUGUGCGGAUCUACGCACACAAGACCUGGGAGGAACUAGUACGCUUUGAAGAGGGAGGAGAGGUCGCGGAUUUGGUGUUCGGCGAGGCAGGAAAAGAGAUUUGGGGAGCAAGCGGGCGUGAGGUCAGGAUUUGGGGGUUGCCUGCGUAGAUACUACUCUGUGCUCUUCCCGUGUUGUAAUCUACCCGUGCUAUAACCG